AUGUCGGUGUACGAGCGGAUCCAGCGCGAGAUCGACACCCAUACCGUGAUGCUGUACAUCAAGGGCACGCGGGAGGCGCCCGAGGCCGGCUUCUCGAGCCAAGUCGUCGCUGUCUUCCGCACGCUCGACGUCGACUUUGGCGUCGCGAAUCUGCUCGAGUGCGCCGAGCUGCGCCAAGCGAUCAAGGAUUUUUCGAGCUGGCCGACGAUCCCACAGAUUUUUAUCCGCGGCAAGUUUCUCGGGGGCAGCGAUACGCUUCUCGAAAUGUACAAGUCGGGCGAACUCCAGCGCAUCUUGGGUCUGGGCCCAUAG